AUGGUUCAGUACCAGUUUAUUGCCCUCGCCGUCACCGCCAUCACCGCCGCCACGGACAAGAUCUCGGUCCAAGUGCAUCGCAACUUGGAAAUCGCCGAGCAGUCGAAUAUCGUGGUGAAAUUUCACUGUGACGAGGCCCUCACCACCCACCGCCGCCGACUCAAGAGCGGCGCGUCUCGCACCGAAACCAUCGAGUCGCUAGUUAAUUCGUUGAAGGAGCACACCACCAAGUCUCAGGCGUCGGUCAAGUCGCUCCUUUCCAACCAAGUUGAAUCGAAGGCUGUGGAAGUGGCCACGACAUGGAUCCAAUGUUCCAUGUACAUCAACAACGCCCCCACCGAUCUCGUCUACAAGUUCGCGACGUUGCCGGAAGUCGAAUCCAUUUACGAGCCAGUUACAAUGACACUCGGUGAAACCCAAAGCGAUGACAAACCAGCCAGUGCUGUGAAUGAUGACAUCGCAUGGGGGAUCAAGAAGAUCCAAGCGCCGGCGCUGUGGGCCAAAGGCAUCGAGGGCGACGGAAUUGUCGUGGCCAACAUCGACACUGGUGUUCGCUAUACCCAUGAGUCGUUGGAGUCGAACUGGCGAAGAGAAUACGGUUGGUUCGACCCGUACAACAAGACGAAUAAGCUACCCGACGACGAGUGGGGCCACGGAACUCCCGUCAUGGGCAUUAUGGGGGGAACAAAAGGUAUUGGAGUCGCCCCCAAAGCCAAGUGGAUUGCGUGCAAAGGGUGCAACUACGAGUGCAAUGAACUCCAGGUGGUGGAAUGCGCUCAAUUCCUGCUUUGUCCCCACAACAACGACGGCAACAAAUGUGACCCCAGCAAAGCCCCUCAUGUGAUCAACGGCAGCUUUGGAAAAUACGCCCGGGACUUGAGGUGGGAAGAUAUGAUUAUAAAGUGGAGAGAAGCGGGAAUCAUUCCCGUGUUUGCAAACGGCAACAAUGGCGUUAAAGGCUGUGCGAGCUCAGAGCAUCCUGGCAUGUCCCCUCAAGUGAUUGGUGUCGGCUUCACUGACUCCAACGAUGCUUUAAGUCCUCAAACCCGACAUUUCGGCUCCUGGUUCCGACAUCCGACCGCAGGACACUUUAGUGACGAUGGUUAUUCGUUGGGCUCUGGCUCGAGCUUGGCCGCGCCUCAUGUGUCUGGAGCCAUCGCCUUGUACUUGUCUGCCCACAAAGGCGCCUCGUACGACCAAGUGUACAGGGCCCUGACCGAGCAUGUGGACACGGACACGUUAACUCCACCCAACAAGACCUGCGGUGACAUUCCCAACACGCAGUAUCCCAACAACCUCUUUGGUCACGGCCGCUUGAACAUCUUCAAGGCCGUGGCUGCUAGCAUCCCCGACCUGACUCUUCCCUCGCAAUCCAAGUCCACCCAAGCCCUGAAUCCGACCAAUGACCUAAGCACCUGUGGCACCUUGGAAGACAACACGCACUAUGUUGGCGGCGACUUGGCUUCGGUCAAUCUGGCGACUGUUGAAUCCUGCUGA